AUGUAUAUCAAACUCAACGUUCCGCCAGUCUUCAAACAGAUGUUCGCCGCGUCUGGACCUCUGAUUGUGACGCUCGGUUCCGGGAUGACCGUCGGGUUUUCGGCCGUUCUGUUACCGCAGCUCAAGGACGACCGAUCUACCAUCAAAAUCAGCAGCCAUCAAGAGUCUUGGAUAGCCAGCAUGGCAGCGCUACCGAUGGCCGCGGGCAGCGUACUGGGUGGCGUAGCCAUGGACAGGCUAGGCCGGAAGACGACCAACCUCCUCAUCUGUGUGCCGUUCGUGCUAGGCUGGACGGCCGUUUCGAUGGCCACCGGUGUGACGGGCGUGUACGUGGGUCGGCUAAUGACGGGCCUGAGCACUGGCCUGCUUGGCCCACCAACGGCCGUAUACAUUGCCGAGGUGACAGAGCAACGUUACCGGGGCGCUGCAUUGGCCAUGAUCUCUUUCUCGGUAUCGGCCGGUAUACUGGCCGUGCACACAAUGGGCACGUUCCUCGGCUGGCGACUGGUAUCAGCCCUAUGCUCGGCCGUGCCGUUCGCCGGCUACGUGCUCAUAUGGUUCACGCCCGAGUCACCUGUCUGGCUGCGUGAGGACGAGGACAGGCGCCACCGCCGUCAAACCGCUACAGUCUGCGACCACGCGAGUGACGGUGUACCGUCGAGGCCACCACCGGAAAUCGACUCGCAGCCGCCACUAUCGGCCGUCAAGCCGACGGCACGCCAGUGCUUCAGUAGGCCGUCGUUUCUGGGGCCGCUGGCUGUACUGUCCACGUUCUUUUUCGUCCAACAGUUCUCGGGUGUCAACGCGGUGGCUUUCUACUCGGUGACGCUGCUCAAACGAGUUGGGCCCGAUCUCAACGAGUACCACUGCACCAUGGCCUUGGACGUUAUCCGGCUGGCCGUGUCCGUGCUCGCAUGUGGCCUGACCAAGCGGUACGGCCGCCGGCCGCUGGCCGUCGUCUCAGCAGUAGGCACAUGCGUGUCUCUGCUUUGCCUGGCCGUCUCGGUCCGCGACUCGGGCACCCCUGCCACCGCGGGUAGCGUGGCUGUCCAUGCAGUCCCAGCUCCGGCGGCCACAGCCAGCCUGGCACCAGUCAUGUCCAUCGUCGCAUACAUGGUGUUCGUCAAUAUCGGGUUGGUGCCGUUGCCUUGGAUCAUGUCCGGCGAGAUGUUUCCCGGAUAUUGCCGAGAACUCGGCAGCGGCCUGUCCACGUGCUUCGGGUUCGUCAUGUUCUACGCGGUGAUUCAAAUCAGCCCUUAUCUGCUGACCAACAUCGGUACGUCCAUAACGUUUUACAUUUUCGGCACCGUAUCCGGCGUCGGUGCGUUAUUCCUCUAUCUGUGUCUACCGGAAACCAAAAACAAGUCAAUGGAAGAUUCGACAUGA